AUGGGUUGCGGAAUGAGCACAGAGGAGAAGGAGGGCAAGGCCCGGAACGAGGAGAUUGAGAACCAACUCAAGCGCGACAAGAUGAUGCAGCGCAAUGAGAUCAAGAUGUUGCUGCUCGGUGCCGGUGAAUCCGGAAAGUCUACUAUCCUCAAGCAGAUGAAGCUCAUUCACGAGGGUGGCUACUCACGCGAUGAGCGAGAAUCCUUCAAAGAGAUCAUCUUCAGCAACACUGUUCAGUCAAUGCGCGUCAUUCUCGAGGCCAUGGAGUCUCUCGAGCUUCCUCUUGAGGAUCAGCGCAUGGAGUACCACGUUCAGACCAUCUUCAUGCAACCCGCUCAAAUUGAAGGCGACGUCCUUCCUCCUGAGGUCGGUAGCGCCAUUGAGGCUUUGUGGAAGGACCGUGGUGUGCAAGAGUGUUUCAAGCGAUCUCGCGAGUACCAGCUCAACGAUUCCGCCCGAUACUACUUCGACAACAUUGCGCGUAUCGCUGCCCCUGAUUACAUGCCCAACGACCAGGACGUCCUCCGAUCUCGUGUCAAGACCACUGGUAUCACCGAAACCACCUUCAUCAUCGGCGACCUCACAUACCGAAUGUUCGAUGUCGGUGGUCAAAGAUCCGAGCGAAAGAAGUGGAUUCACUGCUUCGAGAACGUCACCACCAUCCUUUUCCUGGUGGCUAUUUCAGAAUACGACCAACUUCUGUUCGAAGAUGAGACAGUCAACCGAAUGCAGGAGGCCCUUACUCUUUUCGACUCCAUCUGCAACUCAAGGUGGUUCAUCAAGACAUCUAUCAUCCUGUUCCUCAACAAGAUCGAUCGUUUCAAGGAGAAGCUGCCUGUCAGCCCCAUGAAGAACUACUUCCCCGACUACGAGGGUGGCGACGAUUACGCUGCGGCCUGCGAUUACAUUCUGAACCGCUUCGUCAGCUUGAACCAACACGAGACCAAGCAGAUCUACACCCAUUUCACUUGCGCCACCGAUACCACUCAGAUCCGCUUCGUCAUGGCGGCUGUCAACGAUAUCAUCAUCCAAGAGAACCUUCGUCUCUGUGGUCUUAUUUAA